CGCGGGCCGGGCAUGGGCGGCGCGGCGGCGGGCGGGCGCUGAGGGGCCGGCGGCAGCAGGAUGGAGGCGAUCUGGCUGUACCAGUUCCGCCUGAUCGUCAUCGGCGACUCCACCGUGGGCAAGUCCUGCCUCAUCCGCCGCUUCACCGAGGGUCGCUUCGCCCAGAUCUCCGACCCCACCGUGGGCGUGGAUUUCUUCUCCAGGCUGGUGGAGAUCGAGCCUGGCAAGAGGAUCAAGCUGCAGAUCUGGGACACGGCCGGGCAGGAGCGGUUCCGGUCCAUCACCAGAGCCUACUACAGGAACUCGGUUGGAGGACUCCUCCUCUUUGACAUUACAAACCGCAGGUCUUUCCAGAACGUCCACGAGUGGCUGGAGGAGACCAAGGUGCAUGUCCAGCCGUACCAGAUCGUCUUUGUUCUGGUAGGUCACAAGUGUGACCUUGACACACAGCGGCAAGUGACCAGGCACGAGGCGGAGAAACUGGCUGCUGCCUAUGGUAUGAAGUACAUUGAGACCUCAGCUCGAGAUGCCAUUAACGUGGAGAAGGCCUUCACUGAUCUGACUCGUGAUAUAUACGAGCUGGUGAAAAGGGGGGACAUUUCCAUCCAGGAGGGAUGGGAAGGGGUAAAGAGUGGGUUUGUCCCAAAUGUAGUGCACUCCUCAGAAGAAGUGGUGAAAUCAGAUAGGCGGUGCUUGUGCUGAGCUCCUCUAGUGAGGCGAGUGGUGAUGAACUCUACUAACCAAAUGUACUUUACUAAGUGAACUCAGUGUGACAGAAGGGAGAGCAACACUCCCGUUGUGAACAGCCUCCCACAUUGUUUUGGACACCAGAACAGACCCUGGAAAGAAAUGUUCUGUUCCAAAUAACCUUUCAGAACUGGGGGCUACAAACCUGAAGGAGAGUGAGUGAGGGUGCAUGUGGAUGUUGUAAGGAGACAGGAAGCAGAAAUGAGGGGCUGCACAACACAGGAGAGAGUAUACAGAGCUGAAUGGGCUGGUACAUGCCAGGCUACUGUACAUGUCCUCUUUUAAGUAAAUCCAUAGCUCCCUGCAGGCUUUUGGAGCCACAGGAUGGACACUCAGUUGUAUGACAAAUGGGCAGACAAAAAGAAGGCAGGAGGACAUCUUGGUUUGUGUCAGCCAUUUCUUUCCAGGAAGGUCUAAAGGCAGCACAGGUACCAUUUCCUCCUAAGGUCAGUUCCACAGGAGAAGUUUACUGACAUGGUAUGCACACUUCUGAGUUUUCUUUCUUAUGUUCUUGAACCUAGUUUGAUAGCAAAGAAUAUUUUGUGCGAUUUAAAGAGGAAAACAGUAGUUAUUUGAUUGGUAAUUAAAGAUUAAAUUAUCCCUCCCUUAACAGUGCUUCUCUUGCUGUGCUGAACCAGGACUCUAAGUGGCAACUCUUGCUGCAGUAGGGAUUAUUCAAUGCAAUUUUUACUCAUUUACUGCCUGGGUGAGUACCUUGAAAGUACCCAAAGUUCAGGGCUUUCCAGUAGAAUUAAGUGAUCAAGAUCAUAAAGAGAGAACCAUGUCCUCAGGUGUUAUGUCUUAAGGCUGGGGUGUUGCAGCCAGGUGGGACACACCAGCAUUUCUGUCUCAGUAACAGAGCUGUGCUGACCUUACCAGCCAGGUCACAAGGAGGAAUGGAAAGGAGGGAGGAAAAAAAGAAACCCGACAAAAUAAAAAACUUGAAAAGCUUAACUCAGGUGCAUCAGACAUCCUAAAAGGUGAGAUUUGCUCUUAAAGAAGUUAAAUAGCAUUGGAAGCAACAGUGUCCAUUGGUACUUUCUGCUGUUAAAGUGUCAUUUCUGUCUUGGCCUCUGUGGCAGAGAACUGGCCCUGGGAAGGUGGGACACACAGCAGGAGUGUCUGAGCAGGUGGAAAGGAAAGCCUCAAGACACACUCAAGGGUAAAAUUUGUUUUCCUCCGUGUUUUAGUUUGACAAAAGAGGAUCCAUCUCAGGUUGGCCGUCAUGGGAUGGCAGCCGUGUCACAAAAGCUGUAUGUAGGUGGAUGUUUUUGGGAAUGCCAUUCACCACUUAGAAGCUUUGCUUCUGCCAAGUUUUAACCCAAGCUUUUGAAGUGCAAUGGGGUGACUGCGCUCCUGUAGCCAAUUAGGGAAGUUCAGACUAUUAAAAGCAAACAAACAAAACUAUAGUGACUUUUUUUACUUGUGUUUGAAAGCUUUAUACACCAAACUGCAAUGGGCAGGAGGAGGGGAUUAGGUAAAAGCCACAGGAAGCAUCUAGUGUUUAUUUUAGGCCUCUGAGUAUAGAAAAAGAAAAUAUUUGUUUCAGCUUUUUAAUCUGCCCUGUCUACAGAAAUACGGGUCUUGAUUGCUGUUGAGUUCAGACUGUUUCUCCUUCUGGAAACUUCUCACAGUUUGCAGCAGUACAUGGGCAGGUCUGUAUUAAGAAGAAAACCUGUGGUUUCCAUGUUUCCAUAUUUCCAUAUUUCCAUAUUUUCCAUAUUGAAGCUGUAAAAAAAGCUCAAACCCACAGCAAACCCAACUGAACAACCCAAACCCUGAACACUUGUUUUCAGUGUUCUAGGAACAAUUCCAGUUCCUGGGGUCUGCAGGGGAGCAGCAGCACUGCACCUGCUGGGAGGGCAAAGGGAGCAAACGCCAGGAAGGGCAGUGGCAGCGGCCUGGCGCUCCUCACUGCGCUUCUCUCUGCUUGAAUAGGCCGUGAAUGUAUCCAACACCUCCUGCUACAGGCCGGUGGUUGAGUUGAGUGCCCUAAAGAUCAAAAAAAAAAAAAAGUAUCCCCUUUACAAAAUCUGUUUCUGGUGAGUGCAGGUGGGUGCAGGGAGCACCCCAGGAGCUGCCAGGGCAGAGCACGGGGUUUGCUCAGAGCAGCUCAGUCAGUUGCGUUUCACAAAGGCCCAACAGACAGUACCAAAGGGUCAGUUUCUUUGUUCCCUGGAUGGAAAGUCCACCAAGCAGCUGCUUCAGCUUUUCAGAGGCCAGCUGGACACAAGGUGUGUCUUGGGGUGUCUGGCUGAGGAUAGCAGCAGCCCCAAGGGCAGAGCCAGUGUGACAUGAGGGACAGUGAGGAGUCGGAUCAGGAGCUGGAUCAAACAUUUUAGCAAUAGUCAAAUACUCUAAUUCCCUGUGUGAGAACCUGGCCAGAGGGGGAAGAUCACUUUUCAUGAGACAGACAAUAUUUUAUUUAAUGGGUUUUGGACAUUCCCCUUUACUGCUCCCAAGGAGAAAUUCCAGAAAGCCUAAGCCAGUAAGUGCAUUCAGGCCUUCAGAGUAAAUCUUCAAUUUAAAUACAGAAGUGUUGUAAUUCUAAAGAGGAACAGUACAGAAGAAAAUGUACACAGUCUUAACUACUUAGAGUUAAUAAAUUGUUAUAUUAAAUGAUAGAGCAAUCAUUAUCUACAUCUUUUUCUAAUUCCUUGCAUUUUCUAGACAGCUUAUUAAAAUAUAGGAAAUGUAGAUUCACCUGUACAAAAUUUGGAAUGUUUUUUCUAAGAUGAACUUAUAGGAUAUGCUAAGAAUUCUUUUCUAACAACUGGUUUUAAUGCUUUGACUUAGAGGGACUUUGAGAAACCAGAAGGUGAUACCUCUCACAGGCUAAAGGUCAGGAGCUCUUAUACUCUAGGACAAAAAGAGAAAAAAAAAAGCAAAAGCUAACUUUCUGUGGUCUUUACCACAUGUUAAAAACAAUCUGCAUGUUAGACUGAACUUGCUCAGAACCUCCAGAAUAAAAGCGUACUAUACACUGUCCUCGCUUUGUUAUGCACUGUAACGAAAUGUGAAAAUAACGCUGUAUUUAGCUGUCUGUAUGUGACUGAAAAUAUGCUUGUAUUUAGCAAAAUGGUUACUACGUGAUAAUGUGAAAUUCAAAACUUGUAAAGAAA